AUGUCGUCUUCCACCUCGGCCAUUCUCUACGCGCUCACCGUCUCGGCCUCCCCGACCACGCCCGCCAUCCCCGACGACGCGACCAGCAAGCCGCAUCAUGGCAAAGACCGAUUCCACAACCCUUGGGACUCGUGGGUUGAAUUCGGCCGCUUGGACGUUCCCAAGGCCAUGAUUAGCCGAGUCCUGUCCGGAGAAGCCAACAAGCCUGAUACAACACCGCCCACCGUGCCUGUGCAAACACCGACCUUCCUCCCCUCCCGCGACACGCCCAAGCUGCGAGCCACCUGGCUCGGCCAUGCCUGCUACUACGUCGAGUUCCCCGGCGGCCUCCGCGUGCUGUUUGACCCUGUCUUUGAGGACCGCUGCUCGCCCUUCUCAUGGCUCGGUCCCAAGCGAUACACGAAAGCGCCCUGCGAGGUCACCGAAAUUCCAACCAUCGACGUGGUCGUCAUAUCGCACAACCAUUACGACCACCUCUCGCUGCCCACCGUCAAGGCAAUUGCGAAGAAACACUCCAAUUGCCAUUUUUUCGUGCCCCUGGGCAAUGCCUCGUGGUUCCGUAAGGCCGGAAUAUCCAAGGUGACCGAACUCGACUGGUGGGAUCAGCGCGAUGUGACUCUCUCGCCGACAACCAAACAACCGCAGACAGUCACCGAACCCGAUGCGCCGGCUACAAAGAGCGCAGAUAUUGUGGGCCGCAUCAGCUGUCUGCCAUGCCAGCAUAUAGCUGCCCGGAGCCCGUUCGAUCUUGCCAAGACUCUGUGGGCGUCCUGGGCGAUAGAGUCCGGCGGCCAAAAGGUCUUUUUUGGAGGCGACACCGGCUACAGAGCAGUGCCGAACUUGAAAGGUGUAGUAGAUGACCACGCCCCCGAGUACGAUUUCCCAACCUGUCCCGCGUUCAAACAAAUAGGCGAACUGAGGGGCCCUUUCGACCUCGGGCUCAUCCCAAUUGGCGCAUACUCCCCUCGAUGGGUGAUGAGUUGUAUGCAUGCCGACCCCCACGAUGCCGUCAACAUCUUCCAAGACACGCAAUGCAAGAAAGCCAUGGGCAUACAUUGGGGGACGUGGGUUCUGACCGAAGAAGACGUGAUGGAGCCGCCGAAGAAGCUGAAGGAGGCUUUGAGGCGAUUUGAUAUUCCCGAAACGGUGUUAGUUCCUUACUUCACGAAGCGACUUUUGUCAUUGUCUGCGCUUGAUUGUUAUAUUUCAAUGAACACUAUCAAAGUCUGGGCCGGACUUAGAGCGGAGUUACUGGCACUAGCGCAGUUGCCUAGUGCCGCCUACCCCAAGGCUCAACUUGAGCUUAUUGCCAUGCAUGACAUCGAUGGGGCCGUACGAACCGUCUCCGCGCGGCACAAGAAAGCAUGCACCGAAUGCAGACAGCAGAAGGCUAAAUGCGAUGCGUAUAUGAACCCAGAUGCGCCGUGCUCGCGCUGUCGAAAAGUCGGGGCAACCUGCGUCAUUUCAGAUCCCUUCAAACGCGAACACAAGCGGAAACGACUGUCCCAACUUGAGCGCGAAGCUGAAGAUCUACGCAAGAGACUACAUGGCAAUCAUCAUGGCGCAAUGAUCUCGCCUGUUGGCGCCUUGAACGUGACGACAGAGACGAGCAGGACUCCACAGAGUUUAGGGUCCUUGACACCAGAUACUUCUCCCUCGCAGUCUAUAGAUCCUCCAUUUUCAACACAACCGAUUUCAAUAAACGCCCGUCCCACACCGGUUGUGUUACCGGCACCAUCCGGGGUUAGAAACGAUGGACCAACUCAGGCAAGGACAUUAAAAGGAACGCAGGUAGAAGCAUGUGAAAUAAAUGAUAUUUUCCAACUCUUCUUUCAGGAUUACGCGCCGUUCUUGCCGAUUCUGGACCCUGCGAUGAGCCCCAAUGGGUACUAUGAGCAGUCGCCUCUCUUAUUCUGGACAGUUAUCCUCGUCGCAAGUCGAAGUUAUAACAAAAACCCCACGCUGUUUCCCACCCUGGCCGACCCUGUUUUUGAGAUGAUGCUCCUAUCAAUGAAGUCCAACUCGACGCCCGUGUUGAAGAUCCAGUCAUUUUUGCUUUUUUUGACUUGGCCAUUACCCAUACUCGAAGUACCUUUUCCUCUUUGUGGCUGGCUAUUAAACCUGGCCAUGCAGAAUGGACUUCAUAUGCCUAUGGCCAGCCACGAAUUCGGGCGCAAUGCGAGAUCAUCGGCACUAGAGCCCUCGCGUGCUAAUAAAAGCGUAUUGACCAUGGACAUGCAACGCCGAUCCGAGCUCUGGGCGUAUUGUAUUGUUGUGUAUCAACGUGCAUGCUUGCAAAAAGGCCAGCCACCUCGAGCAAUGCUAGGUCUUGUCCCCGAGUCUGGACAGCAUUUAUGCUACCAAGUCCCGCCGAUAUUGGCUCUUCAGUUACGAUGUUUGGAUAUCGUGUCCAAAUGCUCGACAUCAAUAUUUGCUGCCGGGGUGCGAAAUACAUCGUUUGAACAUGAGCGGUCAAUGAGCAUUCUCAUACGAGCUCACGAGAGCCAACUCAAUGACAUGGUAUCGCAACUUCCCCCGAAUCAUAACACCCUUUACCCGACUAUUGCGCGUUUGCAAAUUCAAGUGUUCUAUCUCUACAAAGAUCUAACUGGGUCGUUCAACGACUGCUUUCUACGACUAGCAAACACAGCAUGCAGCGUAAUCGAGCACAUGAAGGUUUUAUUCAACCAGCCAGAGGCAUACGUAGCUAGUCCGGUUUUCGCGACAAACGGUAUGAUCCUGGCAUGCGCCUGUUUACUUCGACUAUUAAAGAGUUCAAUGGCAUCCAAGAUAGACGCCGAGAGGGCAAAGCAUUACCUGUUCACGGGAAUCACGACAAUGAAAAACGCGAUUCUCGACCAAAACGACCUGGCGGCAAAGUGUUCUCGCGCCAUGAACCAGGUGUGGAACAGCUCCAAGGCCUUUCGCAAAAGCGAUGGCAGCGAGUAUUCUACACUGCGCAUCCGCAGUCGUCUUGUCAUGUCGCCAGUCAUUGAUCUGGCGUGGUGGUGGCGCGAGGAGUUUGAGCCCGAGGAGGUCGCGCAGAGGCUCGAGGCGGAAAAGGAAGCCAAUAAGCGGGACGACGGCGGCGAUGUAUCCAUGCUUGGCCCGUCCGAUGUGGAGGAAUUCCAGUUCUUGAACGACGAGUUCCUCACCGACUUUGAAUGGGCAUUGACCAGCGACAUCCUGCUUCCCACCGGCGGCUUUGUGGAUAUGGGAUGGCCGGGUUCGAGCAGCGCAGAGCUUAGCUUGCCCUUAGUGUAA